AUGUCAUCGGUAAUGCAUUACUAUCCCAUGCACCAGUCGGCAAAAGUUACCACCGGGGUUUAUCCAACACCAGUUGUGGGUUAUAAUAAUAUAAUGUAUCCCCAGCAAAUGUAUCCAACUCCAAUGGACCAAUCAUAUACGACUUCAGCAAACAACCUCUCAAAUGAUGUGGAAAUGCAACGUAUCUCCUCGGACGAGAGUAUACCCCAGUCGGAACCACCACGCACAAAAAUAAAGCGUUCCCGUACCGCCUUUACCAGUUCCCAACUUGUACAAUUGGAAAGUGAAUUUAAACGCAACAUGUAUCUCUAUCGUACCAGGCGUAUUGAAAUUGCCCAACGUUUGUCAUUGUGUGAGAGACAGGUGAAAAUUUGGUUCCAAAAUCGUCGCAUGAAACAUAAGAAGGAUAUUCAGGGACCCCAGGAAUCAAAGGCGGCUGUCAAGAGUGCCCAACCCCAUAGUGAACAGAAUGAACACAAGGGUAUUGUACAACGUCUAAUGUCCUAUUCUCAGGAUCCAAAUCUACAACCAGCUGAAAAACGUACCUACAGCUCGGCAUUCCCUGCAACGAAUGUUGCCGUACCCCUUCCAAAGACUAAAGAAAUUCCUGCACUACCACCAAAAGUAAUGACCACACCUCAUGUGGUACAACCUCAACCAUCAUUUACACCAGAUCUAAAUGAAAUACUCGAUCAUUUAUCGGAAAGUUCACCCAGCAGCAGUAGUCAAAACUCCUCCUCAUCAUCGCUAAAUACCUCCUCAUCAUAUUCAUCUCCCUCAUCCUCCGCCUCCUCCUCUUCAUACAGCUUAGAUAUGGUCUUGCAAUCAAUUAAACAAGAUUUGGAAAUGUCAGCUCAGGCAUGGUCACGUAACUCCCAAAAUUCGCAACAAUAUCCCAGUAUACCAAAUUCUGCCCCCACACCCAUACCUUCAAUGAAUGUUAGCUGGGGUGAACCCAUGGCCAAAUCGAUGAAAUUCAAUCGCAGUCACCUGAAUCCUUCGACGAUGUAUUAUAACUAUCAAAAUCCACCACCACAAUAA